CACCACUCGAGAAGUGAAUGAUCGUGCGUGCUCUCGCAUUUACAUGGUAAGGCGUGCUUGAACAUGACCAUACAUCUUCGUCUAUGAGUCGGGUCAGUGAGAUCAAUCCGCCUAAUGUACGUACUACGCUCCAGAAAUCGCGACACAGUCAAUGGAAAAGGGAGGCCAGGAGCCGCCACUGGUCGAUGGAAGCCAUCAACGCCAACUGAUCAACAAGAGUGAGACACCUCGCACGGCUUUGGUUCUCUACGGAUCUGAGACUGGCAACGCCCAAGAUGUAGCUGAAGAAGUCGGCCAAUUGAUCGAACGACUGCGAUUCAACACUUCUGUACUGGACUUGGACUCGAUUCAGCUACGUGACCUCGUCAAGCCUACCAUAGUUAUUUUUGCCGUUUCGACGACCGGUCAAGGCGACUUCCCACAAAAUGCCCGGAAGUUUUGGAAAGCUUUGCUCAGCAGUGCUUUGAAGCCAGGCCUGCUCCGAAAAGUCAGGUUUGCUUCUUUCGGCCUCGGGGACAGCUCGUACCCACAGUACAAUGUGGUGCACCGGUUACUGCAUGGCAGGUUGCUGCAUUUGGGUGCGAAGUCAUUCUGUGACAGAGGUGAGGGCAACGAACAGCAUCCGGAAGGUCAUAGUGCCGGGUUAAGGGAAUGGAUCGUAGCGUUGAAGGCGAGCCUAUUCGCAUCCUUUCCGUUACCGCCAGAUGAGCCGCCUAUACCGGAUGAUGCAUUUUUGGAGCCCAAGUGGAAGCUUGAGCUCAGUGGAUCACUACCACAUGGCGAUAAUGGUUGCGCCGAUACUGACAAAGUAGUCAGCAAACUGCCUGGGAAGCCGGACAAACAGCUGAAUCGCAACGCCAUGGAUGCACCGUCUACGCACCUACUUCCGGUGAGGGCAUCCCAUACUGCUCUCAUUGUAAGAAACGAGCGUGUGACGGCGCCAGACCACUUUCAGGAUGUUCGUCUGCUCGAACUGCGGGCCGCGGGCACCUACGAGUACCGGCCAGGCGCUGUGGCGACGAUCUUUCCGAAGAAUUUCCCCAACGAUGUGCAAGCCUUCAUUGACUUGAUGCAAUGGGAGAGCGUCGCAGACAUACCCAUUAAUAUCAUUCCGUCGUAUCGCAGCACGGCAAGUGUACUCGGCUCACCAUCUCCGCUGCGCCAUUUGGAUCUUGCAACCGUUCGGCUUACAAUGAGAUGGCUGCUCGAGAACGUGCUCGAUAUCAUGUCGAUCCCUCGCCGAUCCUUCUUUGCUUCAUUAGCCCACUUUGCGGGCACAGCGACCGAAGAUGAACGCUACCAAAAGGAACGAUUACUCGAGCUGGCUAAUCCGGAGCUUAUUGAUGAACUCUGGGAUUACACAACACGGCCGAAGCGUACUAUCAUCGAGGUUAUGAGUGACUUUACGACCAUCAGAAUUCCUUGGCAGUACGCGCUUACUGUUUUGCCUAUAAUGAAAGGUAGACAAUUUAGCAUCGCGAGUGGCGGCCCUCUCAGGUACGACCAUUCUGGCAACACUAGAGUUGAACUGUUGAUUGCAAUCGCCGAUCCUCCAAGUCCCAUCAUCAAGUACAAGCGGCGAUACGGAGUAUGUACUAGAUACGUAACAGCAUUGCAAGGUGGACAGCAUAUGAACAUCGGACUACAGCCCGGCUAUCUUGAUGUCCAGCCAAGCGAAGUCGAUGUUCCCGUGCUCAUGGUUGGACCGGGUACCGGCGUGGCCCCCAUGCGGUCUAUGAUCUAUCAGCGGCUAGCGUGGGUGACUGACAAUGGCGAACGACCCGCAGGCAAACGCUUGGAAAGCGAUAUGCUCAUCUUUGGUUGUCGUUGCGACAAUAGCGACCACUUCUUCAGAGAUGAGUGGCAACGAUUGGCAGAUACGGAAGGCCUGACGGUCCGCACUGCUUUCUCACGAGACAAGCUGCAUCCUAAGCAAUACGUACAGGAUAAGAUCCGCGAGGAAGGCCCAAGAAUCCGUCAAAUGCUCAUGGAGUUGGAUGGGAAAGUCUACGUUUGUGGAUCGUCGGGCAAUAUGCCGAAAGGUGUGCGAGAGGCUCUUACAGAUGUGCUGGCCGAACACAGCGACAUGGGGGAAGAGGAAGCUGUAGCGUACCUCGAAAGGCUGGAAAAGGCCGGACGUUACAAGCAAGAGACAUGGUGAUACGAUCCUGUACCACGCUCAACCCUCCUUGCCCUCCGCUUUGAAUUCCUCCUCCAGCUUCUUCAGGCCCUCAUAGACCUCCGCCCACUUACUCCACUCCUUCUCACCAUCCUCAAACCCGCCAGCC